AUGGACAGUGCCUUCAGGGAGCAGCUGUCUGCCCGUCACAGACCCAGCCGACAUGCGGACUGUUGGAGCUCGCAGCUGUGUUGGGUGACCCUUUUCCUCCUACUGACACGCUACAACUCCCAGCCUACAACACAGCCCUGUAGCCCUCAAGGAGCCCUCAGCCUAAGUCUGACCACAGAGCCAACUUCUAACACAGGAGUCAGACCUUCUUCAGAGCCAAGUAGCCCAAACCUUCUGUCCAGCACCGGUACCCCAGCUGCUCCAGAGACGGUAUCACAGGUUCCCACAGCAGCCACCACAACAGCAACAUCAGGGCAUGACACCUCUCAAAAUGUUACUCCCAAACCAGCCACCAUCAGCCCGAGGACAAGAGAAGAUUCAACCUUCCUUCCCAGCCUUACAUCAGAGGUACUCACUGUGGCUGCAUUUGGUGUCUUCAACUUCACUGUCAUCUUGGUGGCUGUGGUGACCAUCCUCGUCAGUGUGGUCAGUCUAAGGUUUAAGUUUUGGAAGAAUGGUGCUGAAGAUCCCCAGAAACCUGGGAGUUCAGGGCUAUCUGAAAGCUGCUCCACAGCCAAUGGAGAGAAAGAUAGCAUCAUCCUCAUCUUCCUGAAGAAUAUCAACGUGAAUGCCAGCAAAGGAUGCCCCUCAGGGGAAAGUUCUUUAAAAGCAACCUUUGGUCCCCAUAAGUCCGAGGAUGAUACAGGUUUAUAUGACUAUAAGGAGGAAGGCGAUGGGAUCUGUAGAGGCGAUGGACCACAUAUAAAUUAUUUUAUUGUUUCACAUCUGCUCCCAGAUCUGAAGGACACUAGUAUUUUUCCAGAUCUGGGAGCAAACUCCCAACAUGGGAGACUUUUUCCCAUAUGGACAACCCCUCCAAAACAGGGCCUGCUCCUCCCAAAUUCUCAAAGUCGCAGGAGGGAGGAGUCUACACAGCAAGGGUAA